AGGCUCAGAUUCAGCUGCAGACUCUGUCCGGACUGAAACUCUGCGCUUAGGAGGAAACUACACAUACUGAAACGAACUGGAGAGGAUUUAACACUACAUGGUGGAUGGUUUUAAAGUUUGUUUUCCCUCUUCUGAGUUCUGAUUUGGAGUUUUGGAUCACACAGCUAACGUUUUAAAAUCGUAACUCCUCGCGUAAACUUCUUCAAACCGUUCCUGGCUGUGCGUAUUUUCGGCGCGUCCUGCUAACUGAGUGAUGAUUGCUUUGGAAAUGUCACUCCAUCAUCCCGGCGGGGCAGAGGGGAAAGUAAGAAACCACCUGUUGUGAAAGUUUCCUGGAGCCUCUGACGGAUAAACCCGAGCUGAGCCGAGACAGAGUGGCGCGGAAUGCGGCCUUUACGCACGGAGCAGACGCACUUUCAGAGAAGAUGAGCGAUAAUCUCCGCCGAAAUCUCUCUGGGAUCCGCGCCGUGUGUUUGCUAUGAGCAUGUUGCCAUGGUUACCCGGGCUCAGGUGAGCUCUGGUCGGGAUGGCUCGUGAGGACGCGGUGAGGUGUCUGCGCUGUCUGCUGUACGCGCUCAACCUGCUCUUCUGGCUGAUGUCACUGUGUGUGUUAGGAGUGGCAGCGUGGAUCAGAGACUCCCUGAACACCGUGCUGACCCUGACCGCCCACACCAGGUUGGAGGAGGCGGCCGUCCUCACGUACUCUCCGGCGGUCCACCCAGUCUUCAUCGCCGUGUGCUGCCUCCUCUUCAUCGUGGCGAUGGUGGGGUACUGCGGCACGCUCAGGUGUGACCUGCUGCUGCUUUCCUGGUAUUUCUGCAGUCUGCUGCUGAUCUUCUGUGUGGAGUUAGCCAGCGCUGUGUGGACCUACGACCAGCCAUCCAUGGAGCGCUCUGACAUGAUCAGUCUGAAGUCUCGGAUGCCAAACUUCGGCCUGCAGCGUUACCAGUGGCUCACACACACCUGGAACAGCUUCCAGACAGAGUUUAAAUGCUGCGGGGUGAUCUACUUCACCGAUUGGCUGGAGAUGACAGAGAUGGAGUUUCCACCCGACUCCUGCUGCUCUAAUCAGUAUCCAGGAUGUGCUCGCCACGCCCACCUCCACGACCUCAGCGACCUGCACCAAGAGGGCUGUGGUCCAAAGAUCUACAGUUUCAUCCGAGGGACCAAACAGCUGCAGGUGUUGCGUUUCCUGGGCGUGUCCAUUGGUGUGGCUCAGAUACUCGCCAUGGCGCUCACCCUCACGCUGCUCUGGGCACUCUAUUACGGACGUAAAGCUCCAGAGCUGGAUGCCACAGCAGCCCUGUCCCCUCAGGAUGACUCCGCCCCCCUCACAGUGACUCACGGAGCCUCGGCUGAAGCGUCACACUCCGGAUGUAACCGCACAAAUAAAGUGUGGAACAACACGAACGGGAAUGCGAACAGUAAACCGUCAGAGCUGCAGUUUGAGAUGGAGAGACUGUCCUAACAGAGGAGUGAAAAACUGUGAACUGAACAAAACACAGAAAUAUUUAAAGAAUAUUUAAAGACUGAAUUUAGGAGUUUCAUUCAUCAUUUCUAUCAGGAGAGUUUUCAAUAACAAAUCAGAAUCAACUCUGAGAAUUUCACACCUGGCAGUUCAAUGCAUCUGCAAGGUAUAUGACUGCUGGAAAGUGGUGUGCCAAAUGGAAGGGCUAAUGUGGUUUUUUGAAGUAGUGUGACUCCUAAAAAUCUUCAAAGAGAUGAACAUGAGGGCCAGAGACAUUUAUUCAAAAUCUCACCAUUGGGCCAGAAAGGAUAUUUAUGCAAAGUUUGAAGUAAAUCCCUCAAGGCACCCUUGAGAUAAUGUGUUCAAGCAUGGCAUAAACAUGAAGCCCAAUGCCCUUUAAGGCUGUCCUAUUGGUUCCAUAAUCAUAUCAGUUCAUUCUUGGGCCAUAGCAAACUUCUUUGUUAAGUAUGAAGAAAAUCCAUCAAAGCAGUCUGGAGGUAUAGUGUUCAUGAGUAAGGGAUAAACAUGAGGCCCAAUGAUCUUGAUCUUUUAUAUUUAACUUUCAAAAUCUCAUCAUUAAGCCUGAAAGGAUAUUUGUGCAAAGUUUGAACAUGAGGCCCAAUGCCCUUUGCCCCACUGGCCCCAGAAUGGUAUCAGUUUAUCCUCGGGUCAUAAUGGACUUUUUGGUCAGAAACGAAGAUCCAUCAAUGCUGUCUGGAGGUAUAGAGGUUGCAAGAAAGGGAUGAUCAUGAGGCCAAGUUACCAUGAAAUUUGGGAUUUUGUCUCCAAAGUUGAACCUGUUCAUCUUGGAUCUGAAUGGAAAUUUAUGCAAAUUUCUGAGAAAAUCUCUUAAAGCAGUUUUGAGUUAUAAUGCUCUGCAGCAAGGAAUGAACACGAGGCCAGAUCACUUAAAUCAAAUGUCCUCAUUCUUAAGUCGGAGUGGAAAUUUGUACAAAUCUUAAGAAAAUCACUAAUAGCAUUCUUAAGAUAUUGUGUUUACAGGUAAGGGAUGAACAUGAGGCCCAGUGCCCUUUAGGUCUGAGCUACUGGCCCCAGAAUCGUAUCAGUUCAUCCUUUUGUCAUAAUGGACUUCUUUGCCAAUUGAGAAGAAAAUGCAGCCAAGCAGUCUGGAGAUAUAAUGUUCACAAGAAAGGGAUGGACAUGAGGCCCUGUAACCAUGAAAUCUGAGAUAUUGUCUUCAAAUCAAAUCUGUUCAUCCCUGGAUCAGAGAGGAAGUUUUUAUAAAUGAUAAAAUCCCAUAAAGCAUUCUUGAGUUGUAAUGUUCAUAAGCAAGGCAUGAACAUGAGGCCUAAUGGCCCUGAAGUCUGAACUAUUGUCUCAUUAUCAAAUUUGUUAAUCUUCGAGCUGAAGUUGAAAACUGUGCAAAGUUUGAAGAAAAUUCCUCAAAGCAGUCAUGAGUUACAAUCUUCACAAGCAACAGAUUAACAUAAGGCCCAAACACAUGACUUUUUAUAUGACCUCUAAAAUCUAAUGCCCUCAUCCUAAAGUCAAAGUGGAUAUCUGUACAAAUUUGAAAAAAAAAAAAAACCCUCAGAGCAUUCUUGAGAUAUCAUGCUUACAGGUAAGGCAUGAACAUGAGGCCUAAGGACCAUGAUAUCUGUGCUCUUGUCUCCAUAAUGAAAUAUUUUCAUUCUUGAGUUUAAGUAGGCUCUUGUGCAAAAUUUGAAGAAAAUCCCUCAAAGCAGUCAUGGGAUACCAUUUUCACAAGCAAGGGAUGAAGAUGAGGUCCAUUGACCUUAAACUUUAAAAUCUCAUCAGUUUUUCCUUGAGUCAGAGCUGACAUUUGUGGAAGGUUUAAAGAAAAUUCAUCAGAGUGUUUGAGAUAUCCUGCUAACAUGCUAAAGAUGAACAUGAGGCCCAAUAACCCUGAAGUCUGAGCUAUUGCCUCCAAAAUUGCACAAGUUCAUCCCCAGGUCAAAGAAGAAAUUUGUGCAAUUUUGGAAGAAAAUCCCUCAAAGUAGUCUUGAGAUGUAAUGUGCACAAGCAAGGGAUGAGCAUGAGGCCCAAUUACCUAAACGUUGACCUAUGGCCUCCAAAAUGCAUGCACUUUAUCCUUGAGUCUAAGUGGACAUUUAUGCAAAGUUGGAAGAAAAUCACUUAAAUGUCACGCUCUUGAGCAAGGGAUUAAAAUGAGGCCCAUGAGCUCCAGAAUCUAAUCAUCUUUCAUUAAGUCAGCUUAAAUUUUUCUUCUGAAGAGUUGGUAGAAAAUGUUCAAAAGUUUUCUUGAUGGUUGGCAUGAAUGACCUGGGUGGAUAAAUAUACACGGACGACCUAAAAACAUCAUGCCUCAACUAUUUCUGGCAUGAACACAUCAAAUCUCUGUUUUAUUCUUCUUUAUUGUAUUCACAUUCACACGGCUGUUUCUGAAAUGUAUGCUCAUUUCACAGUCUGAUUAUUCUUCCCUCAGAUGUUGGAUUAUUUCUGAUAGAAAUGAUGGAUAAAUCUGUGAGCAGAAAAGUCAUGAGAUGGCUGCAGAUUUACAGAAAACUCUUCAGGAGCAACAAAGCACCCAAAUCCAGAGCUGAACCUGAGGAGACUCUGCAGAGACAGGACGGCUCUGCAUUAAAACUCUAACUGAAGCACUAUAAGAGAAAAGGAACUUCUGGUUUCAAUCACUUUAUUAAAGGUACUAUUUAUAAAAAAAUAUGGUCAGUCUUUGUGAACUUCUACAGAACAAACUGUAGAGUUCCUGUUGUUGUUUUGUCACUGGAGAAAAGUUCUCAUGUUUAUCAGAGUGUUUCUUAGAUUAGAGAGAAUGUGCAUGGGGUUUAAUAUUUAAUAUUUGUUUCAGUUAUUACAGAGUUUGAUCUUUCUCACUGGAAUAAAGCAUUAAAUAUUUG